AUGCGUACGAGGUCAACCCUGACGGUCUGGGAUAUUGCGUGGACUAGUCGAGUGUGGCGGUAUCGUUGCAUGGGUAACUCGGGGAUUUAUCUGGCCUCGCCGUCGACAUCCUUGGGAGACCAGCACGCGCGAGGCUUAAGCGAUGUGCAGCCCUCUGAAUGCGCCUCCAUCAACCUCUACGCUGCGCUCUCCCUGACCAGUCGUCUUUGCCCCGACCUCCACGUCUACGAUACCCCACCACUUCGAUGGCGUAGAGAACGGCAGUAUGCAUCCAUUCACACAUUCGUGCCAUGGGAGGAGCAUGACAGCGGCAAAGCACCAAUCGCAGUCCUAUUCCCGGGUCAACUCAUGGCGGCGUGA